AUGAAUCUAUCAUACUCCACAUCAAACAUCACAGAGCAGAGCUCAGAGGUUCCCAGUGCUCAGUCUGUCCAGCAGCACCAAACACACCUGGACUCCAUAUUUAUGUUGCUGGAGGAAAACAUUGUCACAUUUGUGAAGAAGGAGCUGAAGAAGAUCCAUCAGGUUCUGAGUCCAGAUUACCAAGAAUGCUUAGAGAGUCAGAGGGAGGAUGAGGAGGGGUUGGAUGGUGAGAAUGAAGAGCAGAGGAGGAGCAGCAGAGACGCAUUUCUGAAGAUCACAGUGAACUUUCUGAGGAGGAUGAAGCAGGAGGAGAUGGCUGACUUUCUGCAAAGCAGAACUGAUGCUGUAGUUUGUCAGCAUCAACUCAAAUCUCAGCUGAAGCAGAAGUUCCAGUGUGUCUUUGAAGGCAUCGCUAAAGCAGGAAACCCAGUCCCUCUGAACCAGAUCUACACAGAGCUCUACAUCACAGAGGGAGAGACUGGAGAGGUCAACAAUCAACAUGAGGUCAGACAAAUUGAGUCAGCCUCCAGGAAACGAGCUGUCAGAGCAGACAAAACCAUCAGACAUGAAGACAUGUUUAAAGGCUCAGCUGGAAGAGAUGGAGCCAUCAGAACAGUAAUGACAAAGGGAGUGGCUGGCAUUGGGAAAAAACUCCUAACACAGAAGUUCACUCUGGACUGGGCUGAAGACAAAGCCAACCAGGACAUACACUUCAUAUUUCCAUUCACCUUCAGAGAGCUGAAUGUGCUGAAAGAGCAAAGGUUCAGCUUUGUGGAACUUGUUCAUUACUUCUUCAUUGAAACCAAAGCAGCAGGAAUCUCCCGCUUUGACCAGUUCCAGCUUGUUUUCAUCUUGGACGGUCUGGAUGAGUGUCGACUUCCUCUGGACUUCAACAACACUAAAACCCUGACUGAUGUCACAGAGUCCACCUCAGUGGAUGUGCUGCUGACAAACCUGAUCAGGGGGAACCUGCUUCCCUCUGCUCACCUCUGGAUCACCACACGACCUGCAGCAGCCAAUCAGAUCCCUCCUCGUUUUGUUGCUAUGGUGACAGAGGUCAGAGGGUUCACUGACCCACAGAAGGACGAGUACUUCAGGAAGAGGUUCACAGAUGAGCAGCAGGCCACAACAAUCAUCUCCCACAUCAAGACGUCACGAAGCCUCUACAUCAUGUGUCACAUCCCAGUCUUCUGCUGGAUCACUGCUACGGCUCUGGAGCAUGUGUUGAAAACCAGAGAGGGAGGAGAGCUGCCCAAGACCCUGACUGAGAUGUACAUCCACUUCCUGGUGGUUCAGACCAAAGUGAAGAACAUCAAGUAUGAUGGUGGAGCUGAGAUAGAUCCACACUGGAGUCCAGAGAGCAAGAAGAUGAUUGAGUCUCUGGGAAAACUGGCUUUUGAGCAGCUGCAGAAAGGAAACCUGAUCUUCUAUGAGUCAGACCUGACAGAGUGUGGCAUCGAUAUCACAGCAGCCUCAGUUUACUCAGGAGUGUUCACACAGAUCUUUAAGGAGGAGAGAGGACUGUAUCAGGACAAGGUGUUCUGCUUCAUCCAUCUGAGUGUUCAGGAGUUUCUGGCUGCUCUUUAUGUCCAUCUGACCUUCAUCAACUCUGGAGUCAAUCUGCUGUCACAACAAUCAACAUCCUGGUGGUUUAAAUGGAUUGAAAACCAAUCAACAUUGUUCUAUCAAAGUGCUGUGGACGAGGCCUUACAGAGUCCAAAUGGACACUUGGACUUGCUCCUCCGUUUUCUCUUGGGACUUUCACAGGAAUCUAAUAAGACUCUUCUACAUGACCUAAUAAGAAAAACAGAAAGCAGCUCCUUGACCAAUCAUGAAACAGUUCAGUACAUCAGGAAGAAGAUCUCAGAGUCUCCCUCUGCAGAGAAAAGCAUCAACCUGUUCCACUGUCUGAAUGAAAUGAAUGAUUGCUCUCUAGUCGAGGAGAUGCAACAGUACCUAAGAUCAGGACAUCUCCCCACAGAUGAACUGUCUCCUGCACAUUGGUCUGCGCUGGUCUUUAUCUUACUGUCAUCAGACGAAGACAUUGAUGUGUUUGAUUUAAAGAAAUAUACUGCAUCAGAGGAGGCUCUACUAAAUUUGCUGCCAGUGGUUAAAGUUUCCAACAAAGCUCUAUUGAGUUUGUGUAACCUGUCAGAGAGAAGCUGUGAAGCUCUGUCCUCAGUUGUCAUUUCUCAGCCCUCUGGUCUGACAGAACUGGACCUGAGUAACAACAACCUGCAGGAUUCAGGAGUGGAGAAACUGUCUGUCGGACUAAAGAGCCCUCAUUGUAAACUGAAGAGUCUCAGACUCGAUAAAUGUGAACUCACAGAGAAAAGCUGUGAAGCUCUGUCCUCAGUUCUCAGCUCUGAGUCCUCUAGUCUGAUUGAACUGGACCUGAGUAACAACGACCUGCAGGAUUCAGGAGUGGAGCUACUUUCUGAUGGACUAAAGAGUCGUCAUUGUGAACUGGAGACUCUCAGAAUGAGUAACUGUGGCCUCACAGGCAAAAGUUGUCAAACUCAAAUCUUAGUUCUCAGCUCUCAGUCCUCUAGUCUAAGAGAACUGGACAUGAGUAACAACGACCUGCAGGAUUCAGGAGUAAAGCUACUGUGUGAUGGACUGAAGAGUCCACACUGUAAACUGGAGACUCUCAGACUGAGUGACUGUAACCUGUCAGAGAGAAGCUGUGAAGCUCUGUCCUCAGUUCUCAGCUCUCAGUCUUCUAGUCUGAUUGAACUGGACCUGAGUAACAACAAUUUGCAGUAUUCAGGAGUCAAGCUACUGUGUGAUGGACUGAGGAGUCCUCAUUGUAAACUGAAGACUCUCAGACUGGAUAACUGUGAACUCACAGAGAGAAGCUGUGAAGCUCUGUCCUCAGUUCUCAGCUCUCAGUCCUCUAGUGUGAGAGAACUGGACCUGAGUAAGAACAACCUGCAGGAUUCAGGAGUGAAGCUACUGUGUGAUGGACUGAAGAGUCCUCACUGUCAACUGGAGACUCUCAGACUGAGUGGCUGUAACCUGUCAGAGAGAAGCUGUGAAUUUCUGUCCUCAGUUCUCAGCUCUCAGUCCUCUAGUCUAAGAGAACUGGACCUGAGUAACAACAACCUGCAGGAUUCAGGAGUGAAGCUACUGUCUGAUGGACUAAACAGCCCUCACUGUAAACUGGAGACUCUCAGGUUGGAGCCUGAUGGAGUCCGAUGGUUGAGACCAGGUCUGAGAAAGUAUUUCUGUCAACUCACAAUUGACACAAACACAGUGAACAGAAAACUACAACUGUCUGACAACAACAGAAAGGUGACACAUGUGGAGGAGGACCAGUCAUAUCCUGAUCAUCCAGACAGAUUUGACCACUGGCCUCAGGUGCUGUGUAGUAAUGGUCUGACUGGUCGCUGUUACUGGGAAGUUAGGUAUAAUGGAAAGGUUGAAAUAUCAGUGAGUUACAGAGGAAUCAGAAGGAAAGGAGAGAGUGAUGACUGUGUAUUUGGAUACAAUGAUCAGUCUUGGAGUCUGAGCUGCUCUGAGACUACUUACACUGUCUGGCAUAACAACAAAGCAAAACGCAUCUCCUCGAAAAUUAUCCCCCAGGUUAGUAGGUCUUACAGAUCAGCAUUCUUUUUACCCCCUGUGUCUAACAGAAUAGCAGUGUUUGUGGACUGCUCUGCUGGUUCUCUGUCCUUCUACAGCGUCUCCUAUGAAGAACUGAUACACCUUCACACCUUCUACACCACAUUCACUGAACCUCUUUUUCCUGGGUUUAGGUUCUGGUCUCCUGCUUCCUCAGUGUCUGUGUGUAAAGAUGCAAUUCAGGUCUUGCCUUUUCAUCCUCGGGUCUUGUUUCGUAAGAGAAGAAAAACAUUGAUCCAGAAAUAG